AUGGUGCACCAUUUGCGGCAGUAUAUGCCCAAUAAGCCACACAAAUGGGGCAUGAAAUUAUUCGUUCUAUGUGACUCAUCUGGAUUUGCUUAUCGGUUCGAAGUUUACAAUGGCGCUGGAGGCAACAAACUUGUAGAUGGCCAUCCAAAUCUUGGUGCUUCGGCGAAUGUUGUCAUGCGAUUGUCUCAAACCAUCCUGGAUAUGGCAAAUCACAUUGUAUACUUCGACAACUUUUAUACAAGUUUGCCUCUGUUGGUGUAUUUGCGCGCUCGUGGAAUUUUCAGUCUUGGUACGAUACGAGUGAACAGAGUGCCUGGUUGUAAGCUGAGUUUGGAAACAGCCAUCAAAGAUAAACCAAGAGGAUAUUCUGAGGAAUAUGUGGCAUCCUCAUAUGGCGUUGAUCUGACUACUGUAUUGUGGAAAGACAACAAAGUCGUUCAUUUGGCAUCGACGUAUGUUGGUGUGAAACCAUUUCAAACCAGUUUGACAAAUCCAACCAAACAACCACGAAAAGCCAGCCGAUUUGUUCGCAAGCAAGGCCGCAUUGACAUCGAUUGCCCCGAAAUCAUUAGCGAAUAUAACAAACAUAUGGGCGGCGUGGACUUGAUGGAUGGCUUGAUGGGCCGCUAUCAUAUUCGCGCAAAAACUCGUGAUGCAGCAACUCGUUUGUUGUACCAUUUUAUUGACAUGGCUGCCACCAACGCAUACAUACUCUAUCGCCGAAUACACCGAGAGAAAGUUCACGAUUCGCCUGAUGAGAAUGACCCCAGCGAAAAAUUGUUGACAUUGCCACAAUUUCGUAAAAAUAUUGCUGCUGGCCUUGUGAACUACAACUUCAAGCGCCAAGCUGGUCGUCCAUCAUCCAGACUUGCUUCAAGCGAUUCUCGGCCAUCAACUCCAGAGGUGAUUCCAGGUUCUUUUCCUGUUGGAAGACGUGCGGUGCAUCCAGUGGACGACACUCGUUUUGAUUGUAUGGAUCAUUGGCCACAAUGGACAGAAAAACGUGUUACGAGCAAACGCUGUGCCCAAAACAAAACAAAGGCGCUAACUAUGUGCAUUUGCUCCAAAUGUAAUAUAGCUUUAUGUUGCUUUAAGGGUAAAAAUUGUUUCGUAGAAUAUCAUAACAAAAAAUAA